AUGAAUCAUGAGACUGUAUAUCAUGAAGAACUUCCGACAGUUACUGGUUGGAUAAGGAACAAAUUAACAAAUCCAAAAGAACGGAUAAAAAGUUAUUUUCUUUCGUUAUUUCCAUUCAUAACAUGGAUUUAUCGUUAUAAUCUCGUUUGGUUUUCCAAUGAUAUCAUAGCUGGUCUUACCGUAGCUGCUGUUGUCAUUCCUCAAGGUAUGGCGUAUGCAGGUCUAGCUAAAUUAGCUCCACAGUUUGGUCUAUACAGCUCAUUUGUCGGUGUGAUAAUCUAUUGGUUUUUUGCAACAAGUAAAGAUAUCACUAUUGGACCUGUUGCAGUGAUGUCGAUCUUGACUGGAACUAUCGUUGAUGAUAUUCAUAAGCUUCAUCCUGAAUAUGAUUAUCAUGUCAUUGCAUCUGCACUUGCUGUUGUCGUUGGUUGUGCUGUUUGUGCAUUGGGAAUGUUUCGUCUUGGUUUUAUUGUGAAUUUCAUUCCAUUGCCGGCAUUAGCGGCAUUUACAACAGGAUCGGCGUUGAAUAUCAUUGUGGGCCAGGUUCCUGUGUUGAUGGGAAAUAAUAAAUCGUUCGAUACACGCCAAUCACCGUUUCUGGUUUUUAUUAAUUUUUGGAAAAAUAUUCGAUUUUGUAAUUACAAUGCCAUUUUGGGUUUAUCAGCAUUAGUUCUUCUCUAUUCCAUUCGAUUUUUCUGUACUUAUGCCAUUCGACGUUAUCCACGUCGCGAAAAACUCUUCUUCUUUCUCAAUACACUUCGCACAGUUUUUAUUAUCUUAAUCUAUCUAUUCAUUUCGUGGUUAAUCAACCGAGACGAUCCAACUCAUCCGCACACUGCAAUUCUCGGCACGAUUCCUCAAGGUUUUCAAAACAUGGCCGUGCCCACAAUUGAUCGAACGAUGUUUUCUGAAUUAGUAACAUAUUUACCUUCGGCGAUCAUUGUUCUCGUUAUCGAACAUAUUGCCAUUGCAAAAGCCUUUGGUCGGAUAAACAAUUAUGUGAUAGAUCCGAAUCAAGAAUUGAUCGCUAUUGGAGUAACGAAUGUUCUCGGCUCGUUUUUCGGUGCUUAUCCCGCAACAGGUUCAUUUUCUCGUACGGCAAUCAAAUCGAAAGCAGGUGUUCGAACGCCAUUGGCAGGUGUAAUCACAGGAAUUGUUAUUGUCUUAGCAAUUUAUGUUUUAACACCAGUAUUCUUUUGGAUUUCACAAGCAAGUUUAGCUGCUGUGAUUAUUCAUGCUAUUGGAGAUUUAAUCAUUGGACCGAAAACAUUGAAACAGUUUUGGCGAGUCAAUCCGCUGGAAUUUCUCAUAUUUUGGAUCGGAAUUCUUGUUACGGUAUUCUCCAAUAUAGAAAAUGGAAUUUAUGUUUGUAUUUUAACGUCAAUUCUUCUUUUACUUUAUCGAUUUGGCAAUGCAGAAGGCAAAUUUCUUGGUCAAAUUCAAUUCGUUUCUGAACGUGAGAAGAGAAAUGUUUAUAUUUCAAUGAAUCAUUCGGAUGGAACGAAUCCAAUGAUUGAUCCAGUGGAAAUGAAUGAUGGGAUAUUUAUCUAUCGAAUUUAUGAAGAUUUUCUUUAUCCAAAUGCUGCGAAUUAUAUGGAAAAAUUAGUUGAAGAAGUUUUCCAAAAGACAAAAAGUGGAAAGAAUUUUCUUUAUAAAAAUCUUGGUGAACAACCUUGGAAUUUACAAACAAGUCGACAUCCACAACAACGACAACAUCAAUUACUCGAUCCUCGCCCUCAUCUACACGCGAUUAUCCUCGAUUUUACCGGAAUUUCACAUGUUGAUAUCACUUCUUUACAACAUCUCGCUGAUAUUCGUCAACAAUUGGACAAUUAUGCAAAUUCGAAAGUCAAUUGGCAUUUCGUUGGUCUUGCAAAUCCGUGGAUUAAACGUGCACUUCUUGCACACGGAUUCGGCUCAUCAAAUGACGUUAAUCGAACUUUCGCAACAGCAAAUACGAAUUCAGUUGUAAUUCCAAUACUUGAUACGAAUUAUCCUCUAUUUCAUGUAGAUGUGGAUGAAGCUUAUCAAACAGCUCUUGCUGAUCUCGCUAAACGUCAGAACAUCGAUAGUUCACUUUUAACGGUAUCUUAA